CCUUCACUGCCCGCUUGCUUUCACGCAGCUCAUCCCUACAGUAUCGCAACAUCUGAUCAUGAUCAUUACCGUCAGCUUCAUACUGCUUUGCGUCCCAGUGCAUUUCGCCAUGGCCAAGCACUUCACGUGCACCUGGAACGGACCUGGGCCCCAGAGUCCCGACAACUAUGGCUAUGUAAAAUUUUGCCUGGCUCAGAAAGCCAAGAUUGAUGGCGAGCAUGCAGCCUACAACUGCAACGACUCUCGAGUUGCGGAUUGGAACUACAUUGGAGACCACCAGCUCGAGAUCGCGACUCCCUGCGCCAGUGGCGGAUACGGCGAUAUCUACUGCGCAGGAACUAGCCACUGGGCUGCUUGUCUCGUUGCCGAUUCUGGUGCUCUCAAUUGCAAGUAUCUCGCAAGUCAUGAUGACUGUGCCUGGCCAGGAAAAUUCACAUAUCAGUUGCUGCCCACCUACCUGGCCAUCUUCUACAAGUGAGCCGGGGAUGCGAGGCAAGCUGGAAGAGGGGCGCGGGAACGUCGGCGGCCCGGUGGCCAGAGGUGGAAGACUGUUGGCCAUGAAAGGGAGUAGUUGCGUGCGUUCCUGGCCAGAGGCAACUAUCUGUUGUUCCUCGGGACCGCUCUUGUUUUCCU